AUGCUCCAAAUCAAGGGCAGCGAGCUGAGUAAGCUGGUUGUGCAGCCGAUGGACGACAAGCUGCUGAUCCGCCACAUGCACUGCACUGGCACCGCGAGUAGCGCAGUCUGCGUGGCUUGCCAACAGCUGCCCAGGCGCAAGCCGUUCAUGCAGGACAUUGCCCGCUGGUCACUCAAGUUGGACCAGGCCAGCCUGGCCUAUCACUGCGUCUACCAGCCGGACGAGGUGGCGAAGCUGCUCGCUGGGAUGGAGACCAAGGAUUAUGCGGGCAUCUGCAAAGAGGACAUCGGCAGCUGCAAGCAGGCAUACACCAAUGGCGGAUGUGCGAGUCUGCUGGAGCUGUGCACUCGAGCUUUUUACUGCAUCAACAACAGGAUCCGCACGCCACACCUGCAAGCCUUCAUCGCGACCAAGCUUGUCGGACUAUCCAUGCCCCCGGACGAUGAGAGUGCUGCAUACUCCGAGUUGUGUCGCAGCCUCGAAAAACAACUUGCGUCUGGGCACAUAGAGCAGGAGAACCUCAAGCUUGCAGCCUUCGUCGGAUCCGGAGCCUUGUCGAAGCACAAGGCCAUUUCAGCCAUGUUUCGGACGUUUGUAGAAGCGGAGAGCAAGCUGGCUCGGGGCGUCCUGAAGCGUCCGAGCACAUCGAGGUUCCUGAGUGACGAAGGUACUCGCAUGGAGAUAAUCCAUAUGUUGGGGCGCACAACCGCCUCCAAGGAUUGCCUCAAAGCGUUCCAUGUCGAUCCGACAAAGGCCCUGUCCCCACAACAGCAAGCUCAGAAUGCCAUCCUGAUCAGCAAGUGCCUGGGGGGCGGUGGGCGGUCCCUCGUGCUCUCCAUCGACGAGACCUGUUGGAAAGCCUCCUACGAGGCGGUGUCACGGCUGCGUGGUUCUGGGAUACCCACCAUCGGUGGUGGAUGGUCCAAGUCAAAGAACAUGGCGGUCCUGACCCGUGAGGAUCCGCGACCAGAAUCUGAUCUGGCCAAGAUGACCAUCAGUGUCCUGGUCACACGGGCCGAUUCGAACAGCUAUGCCAUGGACAUGGACCUGGUUCCCUGCUUCCAAGGGAAGGAUGGAGGCAAGGCGGGAAUGUUCCUGGAGAUCGUUGGGCAGGCUAUGAUGUCAUUGACCCGGGCGUGCUCCAACAUACCGCCCUUGUCGGUAUCCUACGACAACGGCUCCUCGAACGCUCUGCUGAACAACUGCCUGCUUGGCCUCCUUCAGCCGUCGGACCUCGUGGGGAUCCCGUUCUUCUCGGGGUGUACCGUGAACAAGGUUGGGAGGAUACCGAUGUUUCCAUUUGGCUACCUAACAUGGUCCUCCACGAAACGUCCGAAGCCAGGGGAUCAGCCCAACUCCUUUGCCGUGACGGGUUUCAGGGAUGUCUAUCAUUGCCUGAAGAACUACACAUUGCAACAUCUCAGCGCCUUGCGGACGAUUCACCAUGGAUCCUUCCCAGUAGACUACCUUCCCAUGCUACAGGGUGGCCUGAGCUCCGCGGCUUUCUCGGCCAGGGAUCCGCAGUCGGACAAGGGCCCCAACCGAUGCAUCCUCCGAUAUUCCGAUGAGUCCAUGAAGAGCCUGAAGAAGUUCUUGGCGGAGGAAUCCUGGAAAAAGGGAUCGGAUGCCAAGACCCAGAUCGUUGCAUUGCCGAGCUCCGCGGUUGAGGGCUGGAACCAUCGGCAGUUUACGCCCGCCUUGGCGGCGAAGAACGUCAACUUGUUUUUGAGCAGGCUUCCGCACAUGUACAGUCAAGUGUCGUCGCCCCUGGUCGAUUCAGACGGUCAGUUCGCGAUGAGUGCGAAGCGCAAGAUCAAGUGGUCUGAGGUGGUGUGCCGUGCCAUCAUGUACUUUGAUACCCGCCUCACAGGGCAGAGCUCGCAGAUGUACAGCUCCAGCGUUUUCUCUGCUUUGGCCGAGCUGCACCCCAGCAGGUCGAACGGCCUGCUUGCAGUCAAGAAGUUCGUCCAGAACGUGGACUCCAUAGCCCCGCCGUGGCUGGCGAUAACCUAG